CUGUGGAAGUUGAAGACGAGGCAUCGGACUUGCCUCUGAUAUGCAAUAUGUCAUUCGGAGUCCAUUUUGACUUAACUAUUUCUCCAUCUGAAGAAACAAGGUUUAUAAACAAACACACAAGGUUCAUUAGACGAAUUUCAAAUGAAUACCAUCGGCCCGUACAAGAGAUCGUUGCGCUCGUAUUGAUUUACUACAAAUUCCAAUGCGAAUCAAAGGGUAACGCGAAGGGAAUGACGAAGAAUCAACUCAGGGAGUUUCUGCACAACACACUGGACCUCACCGAUAUCGACCUGUUAGAGUUUAUAGCCUCGUCACUGGACGCAACAAGAAAUCCGACGCCGAUAUUCCCAAUGGAGCGCUGGGUUCGAUCGAUGCUUCUGUUCUUUUAUGGCAACACCGAGGAUCGGAUUGAUCACUGUUUCAAGGUCUACGACCGCUAUCAAGAGGGUCGCCUAAGCCGAAACAACAUGAUGUCUUUAAUGAAAAAUUCGCUAAUCGUUGACGAGGUGGAAAAAGAGGACAGCGUCAGAGAUUUUGUCGAUCUGCUUACAAAACGGCUGGAUUGGGAUCACGACGGCAUCGUGUCAAGGGAGGAUUUUGUUAACUACGUUCGACACGUACCAUUAGGAUUAGAAACAUUUGGGCAAUGUCUACCUAAUCGCGAGGCCAUAAGAGCCUUCUUGUCGUCUUUCUCUCCUCAUGUACGUAAUGUUAAAUGAACGAUGAUCGGUUGUCAAUAAAAAGCUGCUUCUGUAACUUCUUACU